AUCGAUUCAGAACCGCGAGCCAAAUGAUCCACACUUUUCGUCACCUGCUUUUUGAAAAAAGUUCAUAAAAUUACAAAUUCAGAAAUUCCGGCAAUUUAAUUGUCAUUAAAUGCAGAGUUAUUAUAAAAUUGUCACCUUGUUUCAUAUAUUAUUCAAUUUGUUAUAAAAUGCGUUAAUUGGUUCAGUAAUUGUUUCCGGUUUUGUUUUUAAAAUUUCAAUAAUGGAAAAUUUAUUCGUGACACUCCUCUCGCGACGAAUUUUAAUCCAGCAGUUACAUAAUUGUCGCUCAGUUACUGCGACAAGUUACUGUAGCAAGAGGAAAGUUCCCGUCGCCAGCAGAUUCAGUUUUACUCCUCAUCUUACGACGAGGGGGUUAUCUUCGUCGUCAAAACUGCAAAAGAAAACGGUGACAAGUUCAAAGUCGGAGGAGGAUGGAGAGGAAACGUCGCCACAAUCAAAAGAGGACUCGUCGUCGUCGCCAAAAAAUGUUGUUCACCGUGACCACCGCCGCGACACCACACCCGCCACGACUCCUUCCCCUUUAGACGAAGCAAAACAGGUCAAACGUUACGAGCGUGACCUUCCCCCCGUGGAGGAGGAACGUCACAAGCACUGGAAGAGCAAACCGCUUCGUUCCGUCAACAAAAAUCUGAUCCGAACCGACCUAUUUGAAAAGAUUGACGAUAAGACGAAAGACAGUUUUCAUGCGGCCAUAGAAAUUUUCUCCCAACGUGAUAUCCAUCUGAGAGGUCACGUCGAAUUUAUUUAUGCUUGUCUCAACCAGAUGAUCAAGUUUGGCGUGCAUCGUGACCUCGACACUUACAAGAAGAUCAUUGAUAUAUUUCCAAAAGGGAAAAUGAUUGCGUCCAACAUGUUCCAAGUUGAAUUUAUGCAUUAUCCAAAACAACAGCAGUGUGGGAUUGAUAUUUUGGAACAAAUGGAACAUUACGGCGUCAUCCCGGACUCUGAGGUGCAGCAAAUGCUGAUAAACAUCUUUGGCUCGCAAUCCUUCCCCAUGAGAAAGUCGGGCCGCAUGUUGUACUGGAUGCCAAAGUUUAAGAAUUUGUCCCCCUGGCUGCUUCCGGACCCGUUGCCUGACCACGCUAAAGAUCUUGCCAUCAUCGCCAUUAAACGAAUAACAUCGGUCGAUCUGUCCACAAAGAUUGAUGUUCAUGAGGCGAGCGAGCUGGACGAUGCGACCGAUUUGACAUGGAUUGUGUCCGGACAAAGUCAAGAGCAGUGUGACCUUAUCGCCGCCCACCCCGCGCACACCCCGAUCUACGUCGAAGGGGCCUUCCGAGUUUGGCUGCAGCGCACCUGCAUAAAUUACUUUAUCCUCAGAGCGGAACCGAAGCCGAAACCGGAACCAAAAAAGACUGACCCAGACGAUGUUUCCCAGCUGCCGCCGCUCUUCAGCGAUUCGUAUUCAAAUUACAUGAUGGAAACGAUCCCUUCGGUGCACGAGCAGGAGGAUGGUAUAAUUUUGGGCGUAGUGGCGACAGGGACGUCGUCACGGGACUCGCUCCUUUCAUGGAUUCGUUUCCUUGAGCGGACCAACCCCCGACUAGCUUCAGAUAUCCCAGUCCUCUUCACUCUCACGUCCCCCAUCGGACCGACGGACGCCUUAGACAUACCUGCCUUUCCAGAAGCCGACCGUCUCAAAGAGCUAUCAUCCUCCUCCUCCUUCCCUUCGACCUCUGAACCACCCCCAUUUUCCGUCUCCUCCGGAGGAACACACGGUCCUGACGUGCACCUCCCAAACCUGCGACAAAUGGGGAUUUGGACCGAGAGCGAGACCGUGUUUCCCAACUGGCCUCACGCCCAUCAUCCCCCCGACUCACCCUCCGCCAUCAAUCUCGCACAAAACCUGGCCAUCGUGGACGAACUGGAGGAGCACGUCGCCUCACGAAGAGAACGAGUCGACGCCACAGACCAGCUCGGCGAUACGAAACCUACAAAAGGAGAUCAACUCAGUGACAAAACAGACACGCCGAAAGAGCUCAAAUAGUAGUUAAAUCGUUAAACUGGCGACGAAAACGUGUCAACAGUAGGUGGAUAGCCCUAAAUAUUUAUAUCAUGCAAGAUAAGCUACUUAUAAGAUAACUCAGCAUUUCUUUCUCCACAUUACAUAAUUAUUUUUAAGGUAAUGUAUAAGUAAUUCAGGAUUUUAAUCAUAAUAAAUUCUAGUCGAUUCUUACAUA